AUGAUUACUUCUGAUAACAACAACAACUACAAUAAUAAUAAUAAUAAUAAUAAUAAUAAUAAUAAUAAUAAUAAAAAUAAUAAUAAUAAUAAUUUUUUAGAUGACAGUAAUAGAAAUGAAUAUUAUUUAUCUUCAUCUUCUGUUAUAAAAGAUGAUGAACUUUUCUUUGAUGCUUUCCCCAGAAAAAAGAAAAAUCAAUUUUUUGAUAUUCCCACUAUAGGAAAAGUAUUUUUAAUUUGUGUUUUUUUAGAAUUGGUAUUUGGGUUUUCAAUGUUUGUAGUUAGACUUACUUCAUGGAAUGGGUUUGAUGAAAAUGUUAAAAUUUCAAUGAUUGGUUUAUUAACAUCAUUAUUUUUAUUUUACUAUUCAUUCGAUUCUAUUUGGAAUGAAAAUAAAUUUCAAUUAUUUUCAUUUAUUUUAGUAAUGUCCACAAUUUCAUUGGGAGGAGUAUAUCAAUUCUUUCAUAUUUGGAAUAGAAACAGAGAUAUUGUAAAUUAUAUUAGAUUUAUAUCAUUCAUAGUUUUCAUACCUUUAAAUAUUGUUUUGGGGAUAUUAUCAUAUCAAAGAUUUGGGUGGAAGCUAUAUAGAAAAAUUGGCACUAGUAUCGAAUUAAGAAAAUUAUAUAAAAACUAUCAAAUAUUUUUAUCUCUAAUUAAAAUGGAUAUAUUUUUAUGUGGAAUAGUAUUCAUCAAUGCUAUAUUCUAUUUUAUGGAGUUUAUUUUAGAAUUUAUAAUAAUAAUAAUACUGUUUUUUAUUAAUAUAGUCUGGUCAUAUGUUGGAUAUAAAUCGAUUAAAGAAGAAAACAAAAAGUUAAUUAAAACCUUUCUUUUAACUUCAUGGAUACAGCUAGCCUACGACAUUUGGAAAAUAGCUUCGACUUCAUAUGCCUUAAUCAUUAAUAUAGAAGGUAUUCUCGAUGCAUUCCCACUGCUAUUAUUUUGCUCCAUUUCAAUUUUAAUCAGAACUUUGGUAAUUAUUUAUAGUGCUAAAUCUUUGGAUAAUUUCGACAAGGGUUUAAAAAUAGUAUUCAAAAAGGAAAAAAAACAAAAACAACAACAACAACAACCAAUUAUUUAUAAUAGCAAUGAAAAAGAAUCAUUAAUAGUCUAA